CUUAACAGAGAAUGCCGUUGGUGUUUGGUAUAAUUUUUACAUUUAUUUUGAUCUUGAUUCUGUUGAAAACGUCAGAAAGGUGCAGUAAAAUAUGGUUUGCAAAUGUUCACGAAAUCGUUUUUUAUUAUAUUAUGGAGUUUUUUGUCGGAAAUCUAAGAAAACGUUGCUUACGAAAUAUAAAAUUAGAAAUUUCUAACGACCCAACACGUUCUCGUGAAGGUCGACUAAGAAUUUUAGAAAUAGGACCGGCAGGUGGAAGAAACUUUGCAUUUUAUCCCGAAAAGAGUUUGUUAAUUUGUGUGGAACCAAAUGAAUAUUUUCGGUCGUUUUUCAAUCGAAAGAAAGGUCAAUUCGAAAGUCUUCAUUUGGAGAAUUUCUACUGUACUGGAGCAGAAGAUAUGAAUGAAAUAAAAGACGAAAGCGUGGAUAUUGUAGUAAGUACAUUUGUACUUUGCUCGGUGCAAGACAUGGAAAAGUCCUUGAAAAAAAUUAAAAGAGUUUUGGUGAAAAAAGGGAAAUACUAUUAUUUAGAACACGAUAGAGACCCCAAUCAUUUGAUUCGGUUCUUUCAAAAAUUGAUCGAACCUUGCUGGAGUCUUCUAACUCACAAAUGUCAUCUUACUCGACCUAUCGGAAAUUCCAUCAAGAAAGCAGGUUUCAGUCAAGUGGUACAAAACGAUUCUAGACCGUAUUUCUUUAUCUUUGUACCUCAGUAUUUUAUAUACGGUACUGCUGUCAAAUAACACAACUAAUGCAUCACAUUUUUAGAUUAUUCCUUACUAAGAAAAAA